ACACUCAAUCUCCUUACAUCGCGAUAUAACACACGCCAUGGAUGUUGAGCGUUGCGUCUCUCUACAUAACGAAACUCUUCUCCACGGCUGGACCCACUCAGGCCGCAGUGCGGACACCUUCGAAUCGCAAUGCCAUACAUGGUACAACAGUGAUCCAACAGAGGCAGAGAUUGUCCGGAAGGACCUCUCAUUGGACCUGUUUGACUUCCUCUCAUAAGCCCGACAGCGUGUCGAUAGCUUCUUCUCGUUCUUCUAUUACGUUCGC